AUGAAAAGAGUUUUUUAGUAAUUCGAAAAAUAAAUAAGGCUUUCUUAUGAAUCAACUAAGUCUGGAUUGAAUUAUAAAGUUCUAGUUAUGCAAAACUAAAUAAUUUUAGGAAAUAUUUCAAUUCAUCUGAACAAAUAAAAUUAGAUGCUUAAUUUGUAAUUAGCAGAUCUAUUUAAAUAAAAGCAUUUCAGAUUAAAUAAAGAAGAGUAAUGUAUGUAUUUCGAAGGAGAUUUCUCAACACUAAAAUCUAUGGAUUAAGAAGAAUCUUAUCAUUCUGAUUCAGGUAAAACAUCUUAAACUAAUUAGGAUUAUUGGUUUUUGAUACUCAAGAAAGUAGCUUAAAAUUACAUUUAACUAGAGAAAGUUAAUUAUCAAAAGGCAUAAUUCUUGGAUAUGUCAUGAAUUAGCAAAGUUUACAUAUAAUUCAUAAAUUAAGAGAUUCAGAUCCUAAAUGUGAUGUGACGGUAGAAUGUUCAUAUAAUUUUUAUUUGAAAAGAACAUUCAAUACAUUAAUUGGAAUAUCUCUUAUAUUCUUGUUAGAUGGAAUUAGCUUUAACCCAAAAAAUGACCCUACAGCUAUUUUUGUAAAAAAUGAGAUAUAAUAUAGAAAAAUUUAAUCAUGA